AUGGCGGCCUCCAGGCACUUCCAGCUGCUGGCGUCUGCACUGCUCACCUUGGUGUGCUUCCGCACAGGUGCGGACGCAGCGCCACGCAUCGUGAAUGGGACUGAUGCGGAUAUCAAGGACUACCCGUUCAUGGUGUCCGUGUGGUACCGCGGGGCCUUCAACUGCGGCGGGUCGCUGCUCAGUUCCAGCUGGGUGCUCAGCGCAGCUCACUGCAUGGCGGGGGUGCAGAACGCGUCGGUGCUGUCGGUGUUGGCGGGCACGGCGACGCUGAGUGGCGGCGGGCAGCGGCGCAUGGUGCGGCAAGCCGUCAGGCACGAGCAGUACGACCUCAAGGCGGACUCCCCACGUGACGUGCCGCCCCUCAACGACGUCGGCCUGCUGCUGCUGGAGUCGCCGCUGGAACUGGGCGCUGAACUGCGUCCUGUCUCGCUGCCGGGUCCCCAGCAGGCAGUCAGCGCGGGCACCUCUGCGCUCGUCAUGGGAUGGGGCUACGCCUACACCAACAGCGGCGUGGUGAUGGACCGGCUGCAGGUGGCCGAGGUGUCUGUGUACUCGCUCAGUGACUGCUACCGUGUCCUGGACGGCGCGCUCAACCCUACCAACCUCUGCGCCGGCGCCCCAGAGGGCGGCAGGGGGCAGUGCACGGGUGACUCGGGCGGCCCGCUGCUGGUGUCUGGCGGCGUGCAGGUGGGCGUGGUCUCGUGGUCGCUCAAGCCGUGCGCCUCCAGGGGCCUGCCCGCGGCGUUCGCAGACGUCUCGCUCUACGUCGAGUGGAUCCACCAGCACACCGGCCACCUCUGA